AUGAGCACUCACCUCUCAGAGCUGUGCGCGGGCGGCGGGGUAGAGCCCAUCAUCGAGCGCCUCAAGCAGCUGUGCCCGGCGCGUCUCGCACUCGAGGCGGAGGAGGUAGAGGACGGCGUCGCGGCCGGCUUUACCCGGGAAGCACACGACCGGAUGCACCAGACCUUCGGUGGCGUUUGGGGCUACCAGGACGACGACGGCAGGACAGCCCUGCAUUGGGCGGUGGCCAUGCGGAAUUUCUCUCUUGCAAGCAUGCUCCUGAGCGCCCCGUACUGUGCCCUUGCGUGCAGCGAGGAUCACGACGGUGCGUCACCCUUCAUAACGGCGUGCAUGGUUGGGGCACCGGAGGCAUUCCUGACGGAGCUGCUCACGGCUGCAGCGGAGCAACGGUGGUGGAAACUUGCGGAGAGGAGAGCCGCAGUGGGGGCGGAGGCGGAGGCGGAGAGCACAGACGGCGUAGAGGAGCUCGUUGCGGAGCAUACAAAAGCUGUCGUGAAUCAACCAGAUAUCCACGGUAACACACCACUCCUGCAUUCUGCCGGGCGCGGUAACAUCGCCAUGGUGCGCUUCUUGCUGAACCUGGGGGCAUCGAUUGAUCAACAAAACAAGCGUGGACAAUCGGCGCUUCAUCGCAGUACGGGUCGUGGCGCGACUGACGUCGUUGAGGAGCUUGUUUCGGCAAGCAAGAGGACACACAAGCCAGUGGAGCACCGACGGUGGAUGAAUCUUCAAGACUACCGCGGUGAGACCGCCCUGUUCUACGCAUCGAUGGACAACAACGAAGAGUUGGGCCGCUACCUUCUGCGCCACGGCGCCGAUCGUGCUAUCCGGAACAAGGAAGGAAAGGAGUUCUGGGAGGUCUGA